AUGGCCGUUGAAUUCCUCAGAACAAUGGAAAAAGGGACACUCAAGCCCGAUGCACAUAUAUACAACAAUGUUAUUGGCACCUUGUGUAAGGAUAGAAUGAUAGACUCCGCCUUGGAACUUUUCAACGAAAUGCCCGAGAAGGGAAUCCCGCCGGAUGUCGUUACUUACAGUUCUUUGAUAGGUGGUUUGUGUAAUUUAAGCCGUUGGGAGGAAGUAAAAAAGCUGAUGAAGGAGAUGGUGUUCUUCAAGAUAUAUCCAGAUGUGGUCACGUUCACCACCUUGAUUGUUGAUUUAUGUAAGGAAGGAAUGAUGGAUGAAGCAGAAGAUGUAAUCGGAAUCAUGAAGCAGCAGCAUGUAGUUCCAAAUGUCACCUGUUACACUGCAUUAAUGAGCGGAUAUUGUCUUGAAGGGCCUAUUUAA